AUGUCAGAAAGCGGCAUUUCAACCAAUACAACAUCGCACCAAAAACAGUCCCGGCAAUGCCAAGAAGGACCGCGUGCGAAAAAACUUGGGACUCUUUUGGAUAAAUGUCUCUCAGAAACCUUGAAAGCUUACAGCUACGAAAAAUUAUCUUCAUGUUUCCCCACACUUGCUAAAAAUGAAACUGAAGCUGAGGAUUUUAAAAAUGCACAUGAAGAAGAAGAAUUUGCGAAUAUUCUAAGUGAACGUUGUGUAAUAGAAAAAUUAAAUGACUUAGACACGUUAAUUGAAAAAGCGAAACAACGCACUACUCGCGCGCAGAAUAAUAGACCUAGCCAGGAUAAUGCCAGUCACGAAGCUCUCUUCCGAGCAAAAACCACGCCAUUAAAAAAAAAAGAAUUGGAACGUUUGCAAGAAGAAUUAAUGCAGAUUCGACAAGAGAACAAUAAAUAUUAUUUCAUACUUGCUGACAAUCUGGAGAAAAUAAAAGCUCAGUCUAAACUCACGCAGGAGAUCACGAGCGGAUUCACUAAGGCUGUCGAGCUUGCAUCUCAAAUGCCAGUGGGCGAAAUGGAAGAGGUGAUAAAUACAAUCAUCAAAUGA